UUACGCAAGAAACGCCUUAAGGUCUCCAGAUCCGCCCCUCACACCGUUAUUGUCCAACGACUCAGAGAAUCAAAGCAAUGAUGAUGAAAGUGCCAACCUUGGUCUGACUUCGAAUCAACUGACGAUGUUCGCCUAUCAGAUAGCAAAGGGGCUUAGACAUCUUCAUAGGAACAAAAUAAUUCAUCGUGACGUGGCUGCCAGGAAUGUGCUACUGUUUGACAACUUGUAAUGCAAGGUCGCCGACUUUGGUCUGGCGAGGCAUCUGUCCGACUCUGAUGGCGACGUUUACGAGACUAUAUCGGAGGGGCCCCUCCUGUGCGCUGGAUGGCCCCAGAGUCUCUCGAGACCGCAUCUACACCACCAAGUCUGAUGUCUGGUCCUAUGGCAUCCUGCUCUGGGAGAUUGUUACAUUCGGGGGCAGCCCAUACCAAGGGAGGUCUGCCCGCCAGGUCGUGCAGGACGUGCUGAAUGGACAGACGAUGUCCAGGCCUGACCACUGUGCCCCCGAGCUGUUCUCUCUGAUGAAGAAGUGUUGGCGACAGGAUCCGGAGUCCAGACCGGACUUUGAUGUUCUGAGCCGACACCUCGACACCCCGUUGGAGGAGUCUAGCAACUACAUGAAGCUGCUGGACUACCAGGAUCAUCUGUACACGAUCCUCCAGAAGUCGUCUAAAAAAGUGAUGCAGAAGAAAAACUCUGACAAUUUUAAUUGAUGUGCAUCCAUCAAAUUGGAAACUACCCAUAGUAUAAUAUACUUGUGACAUCAUUUCCAGGGGCGUAGCUACGAUUAUAAAAAGAGCCUAGCUUACACGUGAUUUUUGCUGUGAAAGUUGGGCAAGCCCCCUCAAUACUAUCCAGAUAUAAAGCUUUGCAACCUAUUCGGACGAAAACAUGGCUUGUUACGUGCCUGAUUUCGUCAUCAUCGUUUAAGAUCACAGCCAGUGAUGAGACUAUUUGAAUGUUCCGUUUGUCAUUAGAUUUAGUCGGUAGUGACAUAAGCACGUCGAGUGCAGUGCUUAUCACGUCAGAUGAGUGUUCCAAAUGUUGGUGUACAUAACUUGUGUACGUAUAUAAAGAGACAA